AUGCGCAAGCAUGGGCCCAAAUUCUGGGAUUUCACUCUGGCGGAAGCAGAUCGUAUUGUUUCAGCUAGCAAAUCGCGCUACCGGAACAUACCUACAACCAACCAUGGGGCAGACAUGCGCCACACCAGAAACCAGUUUUUCCUUCUGGCAUGCGAAAUGAUACGUCACAUGUACCUCCGGCGAAUUGCCAACCUCAACCCAGGAGAACCACUUUCCUGGAGAUAUGUGCCCGAGAGGAAUAAGGCUUUAGCUUCUUCUGCUGCAUUUGCUAUGCUGAGCGAUAAUACCCACCAAUAUAGGAUCGCACGCAAGACCGCAAAUACUUUCAAUCGUACGUUUUUUUGGACCCAACCACCCCUCUCACAAACCGCAGAAGUUCUCAACGGUUCACUAAAUACCGAAUCCAACUUCAGGUUUUCAGCCCUCCACCCCGUUUUGAAGCCACAGAAUGACAAAGUUCUGAUGACUCUCAGUGUGCUUUGCGUGGUCCCCCUCCCCCUUUGGUAG